AUGGCAUUCAAAUUCAUUACUUUUGCUGGACUUUUGGCGAUCGCCAACGCUGGAUUACUUCCAGUCCACCACGACUACGCUGCGUCUCACUACGUCCAACAAGCUCCAUUGGUCUACUCAGCUCCGGUAGUCUCACACACCGUGGUGAAGCCAAUUGACGAGGAAUUUGACCACCACCCCCAAUACAGCUUCAACUAUGGUGUCCAAGAUCCCCACACUGGUGACUCUAAAUCUCAACACGAAGUGAGAGACGGUGAUGUCGUCAAGGGAAGCUACAGCCUUAUUGAAGCCGAUGGUACCAAAAGAACUGUCGAAUACACCGCCGAUGAUCACCACGGAUUCAACGCUGUUGUCCACAAAGAACCAGCCCACUACGCCGUUAAAACUGUUGCUCCAGUUGUACACGCUCCAGUAGUACACACUCCAGUAGUUCAAGCUCCAGUGUACGCACCUCUCACAUACAAAUCAUACAACAGCUACGACGCACCCCUCGCAUACAAACCAUACAACAGCUACUCCAACUACAACGGCCACUCUGCCUACAACUACCACUACUAA